AUGAAUCCAAUAUUCACAAGUAGCAUAUGCUUGCUGACGGCGGUCAUAUAUCUUGUCUCACUUAUUCUCUAUCGCCUCUACCUUCACCCUUUGUCCGGUGUUCCCGGUCCUAGGCUUGCAGCAGUUACUAGCUGGUAUGAAACCUAUUAUGACCUUUUCAAGGCACCUGGUGGGCAGUACUGGAACAAGCUCGACGAACUUCAUAACAGCUACGGCCCUAUUAUCCGAAUUAAUACAAAUGAGGUCCAAAUUCACGACCCAGAGUUCUAUACUCAGAUUUAUGCUGGGGGAUCGACUAAAAGGAAUCGGUAUGCACGCAGCGUUUCGGGGAAUGGCUCACCUGGAUCUAUGGCUUCGGCCGUUUCUCACGAUCUACAUCGCCUCCGCCGAAGCUCGUUAAAUCCAUUCUUCUCAAAAGCCGCCGUGUUAAGACUUGAAGAAAGAAUCCAAAGUAGAGUUAGGAUCCUCUGUGAACGUCUAUCUGGAUUUCUGGAAAGAAAGGAAAUAAUUGACAUAAGCGUGGCAAUGACUUCGCUAACAUUAGAUAUCAUCACAGAAUAUUCAUUUGGAGAAUCUUGGAAUCUUAUGGAUAGAGAUGAUUUGAGCUACGAUUUCAUCAAGGUCAUGAGAGGCGGCUUUGAGACACUCCAGAUUCGGAAGCUUUUUAACUCAGUCAUUAAACUGAUCCCACCCAGUGUUCUAGCUUGGUCCAGUCCAGACAUGAAAGUCUUUUUCGAAUUCAAAGAUGUACAUCUCCACUUCCAGUUAGAGGCACUGGACAGACUUCCAAAGGAAGAGAUUGAGACGCAGAGACUCGCAGAUGAAGCUCUGGUUCUUAUCACAGCGGGGUCUGAGACGACCAGCAGGGCAUUAGCAACGAUCAUCUACCAUGCACUAGAAAAUCCAGACAUAUGCACUAAAUUGCAGCAAGAACUCGACGCAGCCAUACCAGAUGCUAACACGGAAGUAUCUUACUCAACGCUUGAGGCUCUGCCUUACUUGACGGCCACAAUCAGAGAAUCAUUGCGCAUUAGUGCACUAGUGCCAAACCGCUCUCUACUGACGGCGGAUCAGCCGUUGCAAUAUAAGCAAUGGAGCCUGAAACCAGGAACAGCGUUUUGCAUGAGCACUUCCAAAUAUCUUCUCGAUGCCUCCAUAUAUCAUAAUCCCACUGUAUUUGAUCCUGAACGCUGGCUUGGUGACCCACAGAGUACCCAGAAACUGCUUCACCAUUUUGUGCCGUUUUCCAGGGGACACCGAGGCUGUAUUGGAAUGAAUCUUGCAUACGCCGAGUUGUAUCUUGUCUCGGCGCAUAUAAUCAGACGCUUUGACAUGCGCUUGUACGAUGUAAUUAGAGAGAGGGAUGUGGACACUGUACGAGAUGCUUUUAUUGGAUUACCCAGUGCGGAAUCCAAAGGUGUAAGGAUCGAAAUAAUUCAGAAACGGAAAUAA